UUGAAUAACCACAGAAACAAACAAUAACGAUUAAUAACGAUUGAAUAAUGUAUUUUUCACAUUAUAAAUGUAUUACUUCAUUAAUUGUGUCUAUACAAUAAUAGUGCCUGUCAUCAUUCGGACCAACCGUCAUCCUAAUUACAAAUGAGUCUGCAGUCGUCAAUGGCCUAUGAUGGUUUAUGUUAUUGGUGAAUGUAGGUCAGUAACGUGGCGUCUGUGCAGCCCGCCUCAAAGCGCCUGCUCUCCGCCACAGCUGGUCCACUCUGCCCGGGUCUGUGUGCAGUCAGAGGAGGACUCGCUGUUACGAGGCGGUGGGUGAUUGCAAACCGCUGUCCACGUGGUCUGCAGGAAAUCUCCGUGCACUCAAGAGCAGCAAUCACAGAUUAACUUCACGGGAGAAGGAGGACGCCCACCCACAGCCCGGUCCGUUCCGAUGGUCAUGCCUACCAGUCCUCCAAGGAGAGAAGAGACGCUUGGCACUUAAUUUCCACUUGGAUUCCGGGGGAAUGGGCAAGAUCUUAUUUUUCAACCUUUUGCCGUGACCUUGUGGUACUAGCGUGCAUGCGAUGAACAACGCCACCGGCCCAACAUGGACCGGGAGCACGGGCGCCGUGCUGGCCAGACAAGCCGUCAUCGGCUGCGUGCUCACCCUCCUCAUCGUCUGGACCUUCCUGGGGAACCUCACCGUGUGCGUGGCGGUCUUUCGCUUUCGGCACCUGCAGUCCAAAGUGACCAACAUCUUUAUCGUGUCCCUCGCCCUGUCGGACCUUCUUGUCGCCGCCCUGGUGAUGCCCUGGAAGGCGGUGGCCGAGGUGGUGGGCUCGUGGCCGUUCGGCGCCUUCUGCAACACCUGGGUGGCCUGCGACAUCAUGUGCUCCACCGCCUCCAUCCUCAACCUGUGCGUCAUAAGCGUGGACCGCUACUGGGCCAUCUCCAGCCCGUUCCGCUACGAGAGGAGCAUGAACCGCAAGCUGGCGUUUGUCAUCAUCGGCGUGACGUGGACCGUGUCUGUAGUCAUCUCCUUUGUGCCCGUGCAGAUGAACUGGCAUCGGGGGGAGGUCAACGACCCGACGGGGGACGCUCGCGCCACGGCAAACGUCACGGACACCGGGGACAGCGGCGAACUGUGUGACUCGAGCUUAAGUCGCACCUACGCCAUCUCAUCUUCUCUCAUCAGCUUCUACAUCCCCGUGGCAGUCAUGAUCAUCACCUACACCCGCAUCUACCGGAUCGCCCACAUGCAGAUUAGGAGGAUCUCGUCUCUGGAGCGCGCGGCGGACCACGCAACGAGCUGCCGCUCCGACGCGCCCGAAAACUUUUCCCGCUCAUUCUCCACCGUCAGCGCGCACUCCAACACACACACGAGUAGCUGUUCCAACAGAACCCCGAAGCUAAACCCGUUUCCAUACCAGCGCGCGCUCAGGGUCUCCCUUCGAAAGGAGACCAAGGUGCUGAAGACGCUCAGCAUCAUCAUGGGGGUGUUCGUGUGCUGCUGGACGCCGUUCUUCGUGCUCAACUGCGCGCUGCCGUUCUGCCCCAAGACGCAGGAGCUCCGCGCGCAGCACCACAUCCCCUACUGCGUCAGCAAGAGGACGUUUGACGUGUUCGUGUGGAUCGGCUGGAGCAACUCCUCGCUCAACCCCAUCAUCUACGCGUUCAACACGGAUUUCAGAGACGCGUUUCUGCGCCUCCUGGGCUGCCGCGUGGCGGAGUGUUGGGGCACGACGGGCGCAGGCGUGGAGACGGUGGUGGCCAGUAACGAGCAGCCCGGCUCCGUGAAGCAGGACAGCUCGCUGUACGUCUCCUACCGUGUCAACGCCAGGGGCAGCGAGGACAGCGGGAAUACAACCGUGACUUUGUUUUGCAACAAAGUGUCUCAGACCUCCUCGGACCCGGGGCCGGACACCUUGGACAAGAUGGACAACAUGGACGUGGCCGACAACGGCCUCACACUCGGACAUAUACCUCGUUAAGUCAACGUGAUGACGUUAAGGCGUUUCACAAAUGCGAUAAUGAAUAUCACAGGAUGUAUAAAUACAACUUAAAGGUGUUGUAUGGGUAAGGUUUCAGAGUUGCAGAGAAACACAGCGUUUCUCCGAGCACUGAGCAUUGUCACAUUUCACAUGUUUACAUGUGAUUGACAAGCAGGAUUUGAGUCCCCUGGACCAAUUAGGGAAGAGAUGCCCUUAUGGGCAGAAAGCUGCCGGUAGCUGUCUGAAAUCUAUAGGCUCAUACAGGGGCAGGUGCAAUCCUCUCAAAAACGGGUAUUCUCUCAGCACAUAGCUGACGGAUGUCUAUGUCAUUCCUUACAUAUGAUAUAUUAUAUCUAAUAAAUAACAUCUCAUGAAUCAUACCUACAGCACCUUUGACAACAUUUAAUGAUACUUUAACUCCCUCAUGGUUGUUGUAAUUCAGAGUUCAAUGGGUUGCCUUUAUCCUCUCCUCCUAUACUUGAUAGUGAAGGAGACUGUGUUGCCAAAAUCUAGGAUUUUUUGACGAGGCGGUGAUGUAACACAUUAACCAGAGGCAGCUGGUCGUCAUUAAACCCAGCCGAUGCCCGGACUUGUCCUCGCUAUAAUAAAUAAUGAAUCCACAUGUGCCUCCACGCUGAAUAAAGGGACCACAGACAACAGAGUGGCUCGCUCUGCCUCACGUGUCAUCGGUAUACGUCUGAAUGUGCUCGGUUAUGUGUUUCUUGUGAAUACCAAAAAAAAAAUAGAAAAAUCUGUUUUCAUGAUUGAGAUCCAGAAGACUCUCAAUAUCCAGAGGCAGCUGUCGGGGUGAGCGCUUGAUUUGUCUGUUUUAUCACAACGGGAUAAUGUGUUGACCGUCACAAGUGGGGAUUACGGAAGAACCAAUAAAAUGCUAUGGAAACACA